AUGAGACUGGCCCCUACGCCUGACCUCGGCACGGUCAUAUUUGACCACGUAGGGGUCAUCGAGAAGGUGGCCAAUCAGUCAAACAACCUCAAGGGGACGUUCGUGCGCCUGUUCCGCGAGGCGACGUUGUUUAUCAAACACGCCGCCGUGAAGCAGGGAAAAAGGACAACGGCAACCGGGCGCGAGGAGGAGCUGGAGCGUACGACACUCCUCCUCCGCGCCCGGGUGAACGAACUUGAGCAGCUGCUCGGCCGUGGAUCCACCGCCGACGUCCCCAAAGAGCGACGUCCCCCCGCCGCGGCUCGUCCGCCGCAGCCUGCACCACCCCCUAUGGAGGUGGAGAUGCCGUCUUCGACUGCCGAGCUGGCUCGGACGCGGCCUCGGCAACGUCGGAUAGCGACGACGACAGCUCAGCUGCCGUUAGUGGCACCCCCUGCUCUGCCUCCUGCGCCGCCGCCGCCGACGACGCCGCCGACGCCGCCGACGCCGCCGAUAAGCGGCCUCCGUCUUACAGACGUUGAGGCUGUAGUUCGGCGUGUGUGCGCCGAAUCGAAGAGGCGGAUGCUGGCGCGCCUCGGUCUACCGACGCAGGGCGGCAGGCGGCCCGCCGGCGGUGCGUUAGACUUGCGCCCCGGCACUGCCGUUCGAACGCCUGUCCCUGUUCCCGUCUCAGUGCCCACUGUGACAAUGGGUGAGGGUCGGAGGAAACGGCGCAGUAGGAACGGCCAAAAGCAGCGCCGCCGAUGGGCCGCCCGCGCGGUGAAGGAGGGUGAGCGGAAGGAGCUCCCUCAGCCCCUUCCGCAGCCCCAGCGGCGGAGGCGGCAGGCUCCAGUGCAGGCCGUAAAAAGCACUAACAACCCGCCCGCCGCUGCCGCUGCCCCAACGAAGGCAGGGCCCACCCCCCAGCCACCGGCGUUAACUAAAGCGCCCAAGGAAUCCUGGGCCGCAGUCGUCGGAAGGAAGGAGCGGCGCGGCCAAAAUAAGGACGCUGCCGCCGUCGCCGUCCAGCCUCGCCAGCAUCCGGCCGCUAAAGGACCGGGAAAACGGCCAAGAGGCGGCGCCGCUAAGAUGGACCCUCCGGCAAAGCCGAGCCCGCCUCGCGCUCGCAAGUGA